AUGAGCAAAGAAGACCAAAGAUUACUCUUAUGUAAGAGGCUCAUGAGAAUUAUGGACGACAACUCAACCCCUCUUUCACUAUCCCAAACUGUCAUCCACAUUUCUCAAAACAAGAGUAUCACCAUACCUACUAAACACCUCAAAACCAUCAUUAAAUUCGGCAUCAAGGACCUCUUGGUACCACUGAAUCUCAAGGACUUCAAACACCUUAUAUAUCCCCCGGAUGACAUCGACUUUCUUGUCAACAGAAUUUGCUACAGAACUACUAUCCCGUUUGAAGCUGAACCUACAAAGGUCUACGAACCUUUUAUUCCUCCCAAUCAUGUACGAGUCGAAGAACAUGGGAUACAAGAGUACAUGGUUGCCUUAAUAGAAUCAUCCAACAACUACUUUAGAUCAUACUUGCCCAAAUACUCUAGGCCUGAUCUUGAACUAUACUUGCACACACUCAUCUCUACCAUACUUGAAAGCUCCUCCAAUCUAGGAAUUUCCCUAUUAGUCUCCGCUUUUAGUAACAAGUAUAAAGAAGAAACCGAAGCAGCCUCCAAAUGGGUCAAGGAAUUUCUAGACCAACCAACCACGGAAGAUUACCACAUAUCCGCAGCAAUCAACAAGGUCUUCGAAAUGAAUGCCCCGGAAGGUGCAAGAAGCUACUUCAUAGACUCAUACAAACUGAUCUGCAAAGACGCCUUUAGAUUUCUCAAGAACAGCCCUGAACUCAGAUUUUCUAUGAACUAUGAAGUGACGACUCUCCCAGAGAUCCUAAAAUUAACCCUCUUCUACAACUCAUUUGAACAUGACAAUUCCGUUCUAAAUGACAACUUUUGGAACUCAGAGUUUUUCAUCAUCGCGAUCCCUGAUGAUAUCCUUAAAUCAAAAUCACCUGCUCAAAUCUUUACCGAUACUUUUUCCACAGCAAUGAACCACUGCCAUAACAGAAGCAAAUACAAGUCAAACUGGGAAAAUUCCUUUGAAGGAGCAAGAGUAGCCAUGUCCAUCAUACUACAGUGCCCUACUUUCUUCCCCCACAAAACAAAAUUCACCAACUUGAUUAACCUUCUUGACAACUACAGAAGCAGCGGAAAGGGAAGCCUUGACAUCUUGUACCGCAACAUUAGUGAUAUUGCUUUCAUAUUACCCAACUCAGUGCAAACCAAGAACUCACAAGGCUCCCAGGUCAACCACAUUGACAACCAUGACCCUCCACAUUGCUCAAAUUGCAAACACUGGCACUACGGCACCAAGCACACCAGAUGUCCGUUUGCCAAGUCCAAGCCUAAAAACUCCGGCCCAUCGAAUGGUGACAACAGGAGACCACCACGCCGCCACAACCGGUACAACAACAACAAGCGCAAAUUCAAUGACGCCUAA